UGGGUCAUGCUCCGCACCUGACAGCCCUUCCGCGAGACUUUUCAGUUUAGACUUGAACAGGAGGAAAACUUAGCAUCGCCGCAAGAAGUUGUCCACCUCUGCGGACUCUUCGCACUCGGACUGUUGUUCACCAAAUUGUAGAUCCUAUUAUUUUUUUUUACCCCUACAAAGCUGCAUCAUCAAGGCGAAACGGCGACCUCAGUCGAUUACCUUUCUUUCCUUUGCUAUCCAAUGGAUAUUCACUGCAAAGCAGACCCCUUCUCGGCGAUGCACCCAGGGCACGGCGGUGUGAACCAGCUCGGCGGGGUGUUUGUGAACGGCAGACCCCUCCCGGACGUGGUGAGGCAGCGGAUAGUGGAGCUGGCCCACCAGGGCGUCCGGCCCUGCGACAUCUCCAGACAGCUCCGGGUCAGUCACGGCUGUGUCAGCAAAAUCCUCGGCAGGUACUAUGAGACCGGCAGUAUUAAACCCGGAGUCAUUGGUGGCUCUAAACCAAAGGUUGCAACUCCGAAAGUGGUGGAUAAGAUUGCUGACUAUAAGCGCCAGAACCCGACCAUGUUCGCUUGGGAGAUAAGGGACCGACUACUGGCCGAGGGCGUCUGCGACAACGACACCGUCCCCAGCGUUUCAUCCAUCAACAGGAUUAUCCGCACCAAAGUCCAGCAGCAAUUCCACCCGUCCCCUGACGGAUCUGUUACGCCUCUGUCCACGCCCGGCCACACCAUAGUGCCCAGCACAGCCUCGCCCCCUGUGACCAGCGCCUCCAAUGAUCCCGUAGGAUCCUACUCCAUCAACGGCAUUCUGGGUAUCCCCCGCUCCAACGGCGAGAAGAGGAAACGAGACGAAGAUGGCUCUGAUGGCUCAGGUCCGGGCAGCGACUCUCAGGGCAGCGUGGAGAGUUUAAGGAAGCACCUGCGAGCAGACGCCUUCACCCAGCAGCAGCUGGAGGCCCUGGACCGUGUGUUCGAACGUCCCUCUUACCCUGAUGUCUUCCCCACUUCAGAACACAUCAAACCUGAACAGGCGAAUGAGUACUCACUCCCGUCCCUGAACCCUGGCCUGGAUGACGUGAAGCCGAGCCUUUCCACCAGCGCCAGCUCCGACCUCGCCUCCAGUGUCUCCCAGAGCUACUCUGUUGUGACAGGUCGAGACAUGGCCAGCACCACCUUACCCGGCUACCCGCCUCAUGUCCCGCCCACAGGACAAGGCAGCUACCCCACCUCCACACUCGCUGGAAUGGUCCCUGGAGGGGACUUUUCUGGAAACCCUUACUCUCAUCCACAAUACACUACUUACAACGAAGCAUGGCGGUUCAGCAAUCCAGCAUUACUAAUGCCGCGUCCCGUGGCUCGGCACCUCCCACUGCUGCCACUGCCUACGACCGCCACUAGUUACCAUGGAAACCAGCUCAAACUGCAGGGCCAGGGCUUCGGCCUCCAUAUUGUCCCCGUCUGAGAAACACUGAGGUCAAAGGGAAGAGAGGUGGAUCCUAAAGGAAACCCUGUGAUGUUACGCGAUGUGGAGGAGGGAUCGGCGAGGUGGACGCCGCUACAUCUAUCCCAGCUUCAGCGUCACACACUUUGGGUCAAAAGGGCCCGCAGGGCAUUCAGAACUCACCCAUCAUGCCCUCACUCUCUCA